UGUGUCUUUGGAAACAUAAAGGAUUUCUAGUCCUGUGGACGGUCUCACAUGUAUUGAUAUUAGAGUGCUUGGGAAACAAAAUGAUCGGCCGAUUUGAGUCGAUAAAUGGUAUAGAAGGCGAAACGGAAACUCUAUUCACUUGUUCAUUGCGGCUCAUUGGUAGAGAUCGCAUGUUAAAUGGAUCGAUUACGCACAAAGUCGACAUGGACGACUCCUUCGAGGUGUGGAUGGAUAUUCUGCAAUUUAAGAACGGAGAAUGGAUUCAAGGAAACAUCAAAGUGCGCACAAGGCCCUGCGAUUGGUUCACCAACUACUUUGGUAAAUUCUUUCUGCCCAUGAUCAAGGACUCAAAUCUGCCGCCUCUUAAAGAUAUGUGUGUCUUCCCAAAGGGUGAAUAUUAUGUGCAAAAUAUCAAGCUCGAACCUCAAAGCUGGCCCACGAUUUUGUAUCGGGGCCUAAACCAGUUCAAUAUAAAUUAUGUAAGAAAUGGCAAAAAAGCCGGUGGCAUUCAAUUUGUCGUCGAAUUGGAAGAGUCAAAAUUAUAGACAUCA